GGAAAACCCAGGAAGUAUGGCCGCAGCACUAAUGAAAUCUCAGGCUAAUAAUAAACACCCUGAGUAAUGAGAAGCCCCGGCCAGAGCAGGCAGGAGGCUGGAACCAGUGGUGCAGCAGCAAGCUCCACAGGCUGGUGACCAGAGGCGGCUAUGGCACCCUGCCCCAGAGAGCAGUACUGGGACGUCCUGGUGAACACCUGUGUCUCCUGCAAGUUGACCUGCGGCCAGCGGAGCCAGCGCACCUGUGCGGCCUUCUGUAAGUCCCUCAGUUGCCGCAAGGAGCCAGGCAAGUACUAUGACCACCUCCUGAGAGACUGCAUCAGCUGCAUCUCCACUUGCGGGCAGCACCCUCAGCAGUGCGCAUCCUUCUGUGAGAACAAGCUCAGAGGCCCUGCGAACCUCCCACCCGAGCUCCAGAGACCGCGGGCUCGGGAGGCGGAAGCUAGGUUGGAUAACUUGGGAAAGUACCAGCGGCCAGAGCACAGGGGCUCAGAGGCAGGUCCAGCAGCACCUCUAGUACCAAGGCUGAGCGGCCAGCAGCUGGCCCUGGUCUACAGCACGCUGGGGUUCUGCCUCUGCGCCAUCUUCUGCUGCUUCCUGGUGGUGGUGGCCUGCUUCCUUCAGCGGAGGGGGCAGCUGCCCCCCGGCCGGCGCCCGCGCACAGCGAGGCCUCGAGAGCCGCCGCCCGCCAAAUCCCUCCACGGCCCGGCGAUGGAGACUGGCAGCGCGGCGGGCACGCCGCCCGAGCCCGUGGAGACGUGCAGCUCCUGCUUCCUGGAGCCCAGCCGCCCGACCCAGGAGAGCGCGCGCGCGCCCGGCACCCUCGGCCGCGCGGGCAUCGGCGCGCCGCGCGCCCCCGAGGGCGCCCCGGGUGUCGUGCGCGCGCCCGCCCAGGACGCGUACCCGUGA